AUGUUAACAGGAUUCUUUCUAACAAAUCCAUCUCAGGCUUUUGGGAAGGACUUUGACCAUCAUUUUGGAAAAGGCGGUUCAGAACUGUUGGGUAUGAAGGCUGGUGACUUUGAUGCGAUUACAACUUCUCUGCUCUCAAAAAUGACCAAAACCCAUAAAGAACCCGGAAACCUGAGAGAAUGUUCACCAUGGAUGAGUGAAUUCAAGGCUGAGUUCUUGAGGAACGAACUAGAGGUUCCUGGUCAGUAUGAUGGAAAGGGGAAACCACUGCCCGAGUACCACGCAAAAAUCUCUGGAUUCGAUGAGCGGAUAAGAGUAAUGGAGUCCUUGAGGAAGCCAAAACGUAUAACGAUCCGAGGUAGCGAUGAACAAGAAUAUCCUUUUCUCGUCAAAGGUGGUGAAGACCUGCGACAAGACCAACGUAUUGAGCAGCUCUUUGAUGUAAUGAACAUUAUCCUUUCCCAAGAUGCUACAUGUAGCCAAAGAAAUAUGCAGCUAAAAACUUACCAGGUCAUCCCCAUGACAACAAGACUGGGACUCAUCAAGUGGCUGGAAAAUACUUGUACUUUAAAAGAAUUCCUUAGGAAUAGCAUGUCUGAAGAGGAAGAUCUCAACUAUAACAGCAAAAAGGGACCUCGUGCUACCUAUUCUGAGUGGCUCUCCAAGAUGGGUGGGAAAGCACAAGGCAUCUCUCGAUACCAUGUUAUGUACAGAAAUGCUAACCGUACAGAAACAGUUAGGUCCUUCAAAAGCAGGGAAAGCAGCGUUCCAGAAGACCUGCUGCGGCGAGCCUUUGUGAAAAUGAGUACAUCUCCUGAAGCCUUCCUGUCUCUGCGGUCCCAUUUUGCCAGCUCUCAUGCCCUGAUGUGCAUCAGCCACUGGAUACUUGGAAUUGGAGACAGGCAUCUGUCCAACUUCAUGAUUAACAAGGAAACAGGUGGCAUGGUGGGAAUAGACUUCGGAUGUGCGUUUGGCUUAGCUACACAGUUUUUGGGCGUGCCAGAGCUGAUGCCUUUUCGUCUGACUCGCCAGUUUGUUAAUCUGAUGAUGCCAGUGAGAGAGUGGGGUCUCAUUUACAGUGUGAUGGUGCACGCCCUAAGGGCGUAUCGUGCAGAUCCAGAUCUCCUCAUCAGCACAAUGGAUGUAUUUGUAAAAGAGCCUUCUUUGGACUGGAAGAACUUUGAACAAAGACAGCUGAAGAAAGGAGGCACAUGGAUUAAGGAAAUAAACACAGCUGAAGUAAACUGGUACCCUUUGCAAAAAGUCAGCUACGUCAAAAGAAAGCUUACAGGUGCCAAUCCAGCAACAAUCACUUGUGAUGAACUACGGCUGGGUCAUGAGAAGUCACCUUCUUACAAUGAUUUUGCAGCUGUAGCUCGUGGUAAUGCUGAUCAUAAUAUCAGAGCCAGAGAGCCACAGGGUGGACUUUCAGAAGAGACCCAAGUGAGAUGCCUGAUCGAUCAAGCAACAGACCCCAACGUUCUUGGCAGAGUCUGGGAAGGAUGGGAACCCUGGAUGUGA